CUGUCACCCCGCUGCCAGGCCCUGCCCGUCACCUCCCGCCGCCUCCACCAUGGUGACGUCCCCGAGGCCGUGGCGCGCGCUGGCGGCCGUGGCCCUCUGCGUCCUGCUGUGCCUGGGCACGCUGGCGGCCGCCUACCCCCCCAAACCCGAGAGCCCGGGGGACGACGCCUCCCCCGAGGAGAUGGCCAAGUACUUCUCGGCCCUUCGCCACUACAUCAACCUGGUGACGCGGCAGAGGUACGGCAAACGCGCCAGCCCCGAGGCCGCGGUGUCGGAGCUGCUCCUCGGGGCCAGCAGCGACAGGUCACGGUACGACGAUGACUCUGCGUGGUGACCGGCUCCCCCAGCCCCCCCCGUCCCCCAAAUCCUCCCCAUCUCUCCGUGUCUCCCUAAAGGAUCCGGGGUUCCACCGCAGGGGGGGUCCCAGCACCUGGGGCCAGCGUGAACCCCCCCGCCAAGAGGGCCAGGGACCCCCGGAGCCCGGUCUGGGGGUGUCCCACCGGGGGGGACCCCGACCCCCUCCCCUCCCCACCGCUGUUGGGGGGUCCCGCGCGGUCCCUGCACGCCCCCACCAGCGGCAAUAAAGAGCACG